CGUCUCCCCACCAGCCGAGCUGGCUCUUUCCUGGCCCGCUCAUUUGCGGCAAGUCCCGGGCCACCGCAGACUUCCUCGGAGCUCGGCGGGGGAAUGCCGGACUGCCCGGACAGCGGGGCCAAAGGCCCCCCACUCCAUUCGAAAAUCACCUUUUCCAUCCUCGACAUCCUGGAUCCGCAGAAAUUCAACAGGAAAAGCCCUUCGGCGGCUGGGAGAUGGGAUAACGCGCCGUUGGCGGGGGGAGACCGAGGCAAAAGUUUGGGAGGAGUUGAACUGGAAUCCGAGCGCCGAAGGAGCGAGCUCGAGGCAUCGCACGAUGUAAACAGUACCGGAGAAAGUGGUGCAGCCAUCCUAGAGGCAUCAGAACAAGAAGAGCCAGGCCAGCAGAGGAACGACAUCACAAUGGUGGGGAGACCUGAUUCACUCCACUCCCUUGACUUCCCUCCCUCCUCCUCCUCAGAUCUGGAUGAACCCAGUUCGCCAAGAUUGUCCAAACGGCGCCGAGUGGAGCCCAGCUGUGCCAAACCUCGGCGAGCCAGGACAGCUUUUACCUAUGAGCAGCUUGUGGCUCUGGAGAACAAGUUCAGGGCUACACGAUACCUGUCAGUGUGUGAGCGCCUCAACUUAGCUCUGUCGCUCAGCCUGACUGAGACACAGGUCAAAAUCUGGUUUCAGAACCGAAGGACAAAGUGGAAGAAACAAAACCCCGGGAUUGAUGGCCUGGUGCAACCGGGAAACAACAGUGCUGUGGCCCCAGCAGCAGGGAGCAGCAGUCCAAGCCCACCAGGGCCCAGCUCCUUGGCCUACCAGACUUUCCCAUCUUAUGCAUCAGCCAAUCUUCUCUUUCCAACAGCAGCUUCCCUUCCCUUGGUGGCAGCAACAGGAGGGGGAGCCUUCCCUUCCUUCCUUCGGCCUGCAUAUCUGACUCCAUUUUAUAACCCUCACCUCUAAAAGGAUCAGAACCCAGAUCAGCCAUCCUCAAUUUGAUGGCCUACAGGAAUGGCUGAGGAGGAUAGGAGUAGAAGUUGACAUAACUGGAAGGCCACUUAGGCUGGGGAAGUCUGCCUCAAAUUGUGAUUCCUCUAUGUCUUUCAUAAAAUCAUGUCUUCUAAUACACUAUCCUGAUGAUGCAAUCAUUAUCUAGUUCUAGGUGCUUUGAGUCUUGUGAUGGGAAAACAUUAAAAGAGGGAUUCUCAAAUCUCUUCUCUCCCCCCCCCCUUUCUUGAGAAAACACACACCUGCAGUAGCAGUUUGAAUCUGUGAAAUCCUUUUGGAAGCAGAAUGACUUAAUGCAGGAGUUUGGAUUUAUUAAAAAUGGAACCAGAGCUACCAUAAAAUACAGUAUUUGGUAUUUACAGUAUGAAAGAAAGCACAGAUCUUGUGGAUUUAAUGGUCAGCAAGAAUGUCACAUGCUGGUUCUUGUCCUGUAAUCUAAUGUCCUGUGAUGCACUGAACCACUGUACCUCUGUUCCCACCUGUGUUAAAUGUGCUAGAUGCUAAAGCAGGCUGUUUUUCUAGGGGCCGAUGCUGCAUGACUUUGACUUCAAGCUCACUCCAAAAAGAAGUACAGGAUAUGUGUAAUAGUGGAAUAUGCAAAAUGUAGAUUGGAAAUGAAGACAAUAUUUUA